CCGACUUUUUCACGCGGAUCUGCGAAACCUCCAGGCUCCAACUACACAAGAGGCCUCACCAUUGCGCGUAUGAAACAUGAAGAUACCAGCUGGGUAGAUGAAGAGGAUCUUGAUCUCGAACAGUACAUCUACGUGGUAGACGAUCCUGAGGCAUCGCUGCGUGUCCCGCAGAACAAGGGUCACGAAGCUAUGGUGUACCUGACUUACGUCAUCGACUCUUACGAUGCUUUGCCAGAGAUAAGCAUAUUCAUGCAUGCGCAUCGAUACAGCCAUCACAACAAUGCGAUACUAGACCACGACGCCGCUGCCAUGAUACGUAACCUCAGUAGCGCAAAGGUUAUACGCGACGGCUACGUGAACAUGAGAUGCAAUCUGGAUCCUGGCUGCCCUUCGAUAUUGGCAUAUCAUGGGAUUUUCGGAGAGGAUAAGAUUUGGAAAUCAGCCAUCGUUGAUUUCUUGCAAGAACUCAAUCCAGAACAGCCUUUACCCAAGCAGAUGUCGCAGCCGUGCUGUGCACAAUUUGCUGUGUCGCGCGAGCGCAUCAGAGAAACCUCGCUGGACCAAUACAUCUUCUAUCGCGACUGGCUCUUGGGGCUUUCGGGAAGCGAUCAUGACACUGGACGAACGUGGGAAUAUCUUUGGCAUUACAUCUUCACAGGACAACAUGUGAGUUGUCCGAACGAGUAUUCAUGCUACUGCGAAGUCUACGGAAUCUGUUUCGAGUCUGUC